AAUACUCGGAGCAGAAUACGCCGGUUGGGAUGCGGCGCGCGUUUAUAGCGCGCUAUGAUACUGAUUCCCCCCCCCCCCCCCGAACUUGUGGUGGACUCCGAUGCGCAUACACUGCCGCGAGUGUGUGUCGACUGUCGGUCUGUCGAGCUCCCGAUCUCGCUUUGAACAUGGCUACGAUGGAGUGCAAGCCGAAUGAAAAUUCCAGCUCGGAGAUGCUGUCCAAGUCCCCGGCGUUCGGCAGCGAGAUCAUGGACAACAUCAAGGAGCAAGACAACGUCGGCAUACCCCUGCAGACUUCCUGGACAUUCUGGCUCGACAAAGCAAUUUCUGGAACAACUACUGAAGAAUACAAGGCCAACUUGAAGAAAAUUUACACAGUCAGCACUGCACAGAGCUUUUGGGCUGUUUUUAACAACAUUCCUAAUGCUGGUGAUAUGCAGGUCCGCUACAGUUACCACCUAAUGCGAGACGAGCGAUACCCUCUUUGGGAAGAGCCGGCUAAUCAGAACGGCGGUACCUGGCGAUUCAAGUGCCAUAAGAUCGACACGGCAAACGUUUGGAAGGAAGUUGUUCUGGCCGCUAUAGGCGAGCAGUUUAGCGAAAGCUUGGACGAAAACGACGAGAUCUGCGGCAUCACUGUAUCCAUUCGGGACCGAGAUGAUCUCAUUCAGAUUUGGAAUAUUGAUGCGUCAUUAGCACCAAAGGCUUCUGUCAUAGCAAAGGUGCAUAGCCUCGUUCCAGAGGUCACGUUCCUUGCAGAGUUUUACAAACCUCACCGUUCUCAUCACGCUUACAAUCGUCAUUGAGGGCUGUACGAAUCUCGUAUUCAAACUGCUGCUGUAAAUGGAUGAAGUACAAAUAAGAGGUCGCUGUACAGAGCCAAUAAGUAUACCAAAAGCGAAGAGUAAUUUUUUUGACGAAACGCAUAGCCCACUUUACCCCACUUGUAUGUUAUAAUUUUUGUUACGUAAGUAAUGUAUACAUACUAUUGAAUGUGAUUCAGCUGUAAAAAGUGUCAAAGUAUAUUUUUUAUAUUUAUAUGUCGCAAAAAUAUUUCUUUGCAUCCCGGCUCCGCGCAAUAAGUCGGAGAUGUCCCCGUAAAUGCGUAGGUUGAGAGCAGUAAAAAUCAAAUGGAAAAACCUCGGGAAAAGCCCGAAACGAGCUACCUUCCGCAAAAGGAGAAGAACACGUGCGCCUAUGUGUCCAUCUCGGAGAAGAACUCGUUAAUCGCAAGCGCUUAUAUACUUCUGAGAGAGAGAGAGAGAGAGAGAGAAGAGGACUCUCGCGCCGCGACUGGCGCCAAGAAUAUGCUCAGCGAGAAGAAAAGAUCGCCUAUUAAUUAACCGGUCGCGCCAGCAUAAGUACCCGCGGACGUAAAUCCGAAUUUCGAUCUUGGAACAAGAUGUACGUGAUUGAUAAGGCACAUAACGCGCGUAAAUGUGACGCGAUGAGGCUGGAACGCAAUAUUUGACGGGAAAACAUUUUUACGAGCGUCCGAUUCUCCGAAAGUGGUAAACAAAUUAUGAUGAGAGAAAGAGUCGGUGUGUAGGUGCCGUUGCGACGCGCGCAUGCCGUGCGAAAAAUUAUGAUUUCUUGCCAAGGGAUUUGCAUACAUUAUAAGACGUCAAGACUGACGGUCUACAGCUGUCAUUUGUCCAAAUUAUCGUCAUUUCUUCGCAAUAACGUGAGAUAUCGCCGGAGUGCGCGAUACGCGGCACACGGGCUGUUGAUGUAUAGACUCGUAAAGAUUAUUAUUCAAUUGGACUUGAUUAUAGCGCCGUCUAUGUAAAACAUAAUGGCAAAAUUUGAAUCGAUCAUUAUCAGAAUCUAUUAUUGUAAGGAGAAGACUUCUCCUAGGUGUGCAUGUAAUAAAUAGUUUUCUUUUUUAAAAAAACAA